AUGACACCAAUAUGGGGAAGACGAAAGGCCUUACAAUAUUUCUCGUUGUUACGUGGACUUGGAUUUGAUUACUCGACCAGUGAACACAAGGUGAUUGAUGGGCAGUACUAUAAGGAUGACGGAAUUGUUUUUAGUGUCUAUACAUUGCAGACUGAUUCUUGGCGAAAGAUUGAGUACUUAUUUCCCUACAAAGGUAAAGCUUCUGCUUCUGAUGGUAUUGUGGUACAUGGUGCCAUUCAUUGGUUGUCGAGGAAGCUUGCAGAUGGAGAAUUGGUGAUUAUAUCUUUCCUUUUAGAAGAGGAGAAGGUUGAAGAAAUUGAACUACCGCCCAAUGCUACUGGUCUUCGGCUAGGGGCAUUCAGAAACUCGUUAUGUUUAACAUCAUUUUCAGAUUCAGAAACAUAUAUUGAGUUUUGGGUCAUGAAAGAAUAUGGAGUGAGGGAGUCUUGGACUAAAAUAAAAGUCUCCAAACCAUAUAAUAAAUUAUCACAUUCCGGUUUCUGGACAGAAACUCAUGAUCUGAUGGUGUUUGAUAUGUCAUCAUUAGUCAUGUACAAUUUUGAAGAUGGAACAUCUUGGAAUCUACCGAUUGGUGAUCUUGACGAAGAUUGUUUCUUUGGUAGCGUUGGUGUCUAUGUGGAGUGCCUACCUUCAAAAGUUGAAACUAUGUUUACAAUAGGGCGAUGA